AUGGAGAGGAGACGGGUCACCUCAGCCGUUCGCCGCUCCUACGUCUCCUCCUCAGAGAUGGUGGGGGGAGGCCUGGCCUCCGGCCGCCGUCUGGGGCCGGGCACCCGCCUCUCCCUGGCUCGGAUGCCGCUUCCGCUCCCGGCCCGGGUGGACUUCUCCCUGGCCGGGGCCCUCAACACCGGCUUCAAGGAGACCCGGGCCAGUGAGCGGGCAGAGAUGAUGGAGCUCAAUGACCGCUUCGCCAGCUACAUUGAGAAGGUGCGCUUCCUGGAGCAGCAGAACAAGGCGCUGGCUGCGGAGCUGAACCAGCUGCGGGCCAAGGAGCCCACCAAGCUGGCCGACGUCUACCAGGCUGAGCUGCGGGAGCUAAGGUUUCGGCUCGACCAACUCACCGCCAACAGCGCCCGGCUCGAGGUCGAGAGAGACAAUCUGGCGCAGGACCUGGGCACCCUGAGGCAGAAGCUCCAGGAUGAAACCAACCUGAGGCUGGAGGCCGAAAACAACCUGGCCACCUAUCGACAGGAAGCAGAUGAAGCCACCCUAGCCCGUCUGGAUCUGGAGAGGAAGAUUGAAUCUCUGGAGGAGGAAAUCCGGUUUUUGAGGAAGAUCCAUGAGGAGGAGGUGCAGGAACUUCAGGAGCAGCUGGCCCGGCAGCAGAUCCAUGUGGAGAUGGAUGUGGCCAAGCCGGACCUCACGGCAGCCCUGAGAGAGAUCCGCACGCAGUACGAGGCAAUGGCGGCCAGCAACAUGCAUGAGGCAGAGGAGUGGUAUCGGUCCAAGUUUGCAGACCUGACCGACGCCGCAGCCCGCAACGCUGAGCUGCUCCGCCAGGCCAAGCACGAGGCCAACGACUACCGGCGCCAGCUACAGGCCUUGACCUGCGACCUGGAGUCCUUGCGCGGCACAAACGAGUCCUUGGAGAGGCAGAUGCGGGAGCAGGAUGAGCGCCACGCGCGGGAGGCGGCAAGUUACCAGGAGGCACUGACCCGGCUGGAGGAGGAGGGGCAGAGCCUCAAAGACGAGAUGGCACGGCAUCUGCAGGAGUACCAGGACCUGCUGAACGUCAAGCUGGCCCUGGACAUCGAGAUCGCCACCUACAGGAAGCUGCUGGAGGGCGAGGAGAACCGCAUCACUAUUCCCGUGCAGACCUUCUCCAACCUGCAGAUCCGAGGGGGCAAAAGCACCAAAGAAGGGGAAAGUCACAAGGUCACAAGACAUCUCAAAAGGCUCACAAUACAAGUUAUACCAAUACAGGCUCACCAGAUUGUAAAUGGAGCCCCGCCGGCUCUCGAAACCAGCCUGGACACCAAGUCCGUGUCAGAAGGCCACCUUAAAAGGAACAUUGUGGUAAAGACCGUGGAGAUGCGGGAUGGAGAGGUCAUUAAGGAGUCCAAGCAGGAGCACAAGGAUGUGAUGUGA